AUGGCCCUAACCAGCCAGCCCCAUCGUUCAGACGCCGACCCCAACGCCAGCGGGCCCUCACCCAGCGAGGCCCCAGUUCUGGCCCCCCACCAUAACGAUGACCACGACUUCAACCAUAACCAUCACUUCCAUCUGCGUGCAGAGCUGCGCCAUCCUCACCAUCUUCACAAUCCUCACCGUCGUUUGCAUUCCGACAGCCCGACACCUCACGCUCGUUCACCAUCGCCAGCACCAUCCCUGUCUCCAUCGCCAGCACCAUCCCUGUCUCCAUCGCCGUCGCCGUUCUCCAAACCCUCGUUAUCCGAGUACGACGACGAGAGCCGCGAUCACAAUCUGUUUAAGCGUCAGCCAGUCGUUAUCAUCCAGACUGUGUCCGUCGUCCACUACAUUGAUGGUUCGGGCGCAGUAACCGCAGUGUCAACCCUGGAUUCUUUACUCGAUUCUCGCAAUCCCGACGCUACAGCUUCGAUCCUCCUUGAGACAGAACCCGCCGUCACCCACGACGGCGUGAGCGCUCUGGCCGAACCACUGCCUACUGUGUCGUUCUCCGAUGACAUUCUUCCCGAUUUGCUUGAUGACCCCGCAUCAACCACGCCCACCGCCGAGCUAGAACCCGAGGUGACUUCUUCCCAUGACCUGUCAGCGUCCCUGGAGACCUUGACGCCUGCUCCUUUCACCAGCAGCCCUGAGUCUGCUUCCCCUACCCUCUCUACAGGCAUCUUCAAUGCUUCAUCUUCGUAUCAUCCGUCGCUCUUUAAGAAUAGCACAGCUGUAUACUUUUCCAACCAUACGAGGACUGCCUUCAAGGCCAAGACUGCGACCUUGACCUCUACGCGCACUAAGAGCACCAGCUCGACAUCUGCUCGGCUUUCUUCCGUCACUCCCGAUGCAACUUCGUUUCUUGACGUCCCUGUUGGCGGCAACUCUGGAGCUGCCGAAGGGAUAAUCCCCGCUUCGAUCGACUCCGAACACGAUUCCGACUCCCAUUCUGAGCCUGGGCUCACCCCCGAAACCCGCAACGCCCUCGUCGGCGGCGUGGUCGGCAGCAUAGCAGGCAUUGCGCUUCUUGCCCUGAUGGUACUCUACUACAUCAAGUGGAGGAAGCAGCAUGGCAAGGGCCUUCUGCUUCUUGGAGACGGCGAUAGCACUGCCCGUGGCAAGGGCCCAUUCUACGGCACCACGCUUCCCUUCAUCAACGGGGGCGGAAGUAGCGGAAAUGCUGAAAAGGACGAAACGGGAGCCCAGCAGCGGACGAGUGUAUGGGCUAUUCCUACGGCACUGGCCAAGCUGACAGGGAGACGCGCGAUCGAGGCACCUUCCGCUGAGCCGGAGCCGCAAGAGAAGGGCUUCUACCGGGUCUCUGGCAAGAAGUUAAUUUCUGUUCUCGAGUCCGGCGGCGACGGCUAUAGUGACCCCCAUGAAAGUGUGGGUAGCGCUUCAUCACUCUAUCGCGAGUCCCGCGCCACAUUCCUUGGUGACGAGCCCCAAGCUCCGCUCAAGCUCGGCUCUCCCAUGCGCCCUGUGAGUGGUAUUCCCGUCUUCCGAAGUGGCCCUCAGCGUGUGGCCGUUCAGGAAUCGACCGCUCUGCCCCCAGGCCAUCGCCCGUCAGCGUAUCCUACUGCCUUAGCGGUUGUGCCGGAAGCGCAACGGGCAAGCAUCUCUGUGACAAGGGAUGGGUUCCGGGUGUCGAGAUUCCAAGAAGGGGAAUGA